AUGGAGGAAAACACAAGACCAGAGUCAUGUCUGAAAAAGGAAAAAUUGAAAAACAGAGCAGUUGUGAUAAACCCAAAUCUUGUUCAAAAAGUAAGCUCUCAAGCACACAUGAGAGAGCUAGUAGUCCCUGCAGACUGCCUAUUAGAUACACACUUUGGACCAAAGGUGCUUGAAGGCUACAAUGAUGAGAG